ACUUCGCUGGGGGUCGACAAGACGACAAACAGGACAACGUAUAAACAAGGAAAAUUUUUUGCUAGAUAAUCAAGUUUUGAAAUCAGUUUUUGUCCGUUAUUCCUUUUCUUUUAACUCACCAGAUUGUUCAGUAUGGUAAGUGUAGAGAAGGAUGUCUUAUUUUGUUAGAUUUUCAGCCAUGAUCAUGCAAAAUUUAUUGUGAAUUAUUGUUGAAAAUAUUUGGUAUUAAUUUAUAACACGUGUUAUAGAUAAGAUGGUGACUUGUUUAGAUUUCUAGCAGUUAUUUCUCUUAUUUCAAGCUUCCCCGAUUAACUGGGGAGUAUUGCUUCCAAGCUAUGUUUCCCAAAAGUGUGCAAGCCAAGAAACGUAGUGUGUCAGAAACAUUUGCCAUGUACGUGCAAUUACGUCACUUUCCAGUCAGGAAUAAUUGCAAAACUGAAACUGAAUUUGUUGGCAAACAUUUUGUUUCCAGGGAAGGACAUUUGUUUCAGAAACAAUAGAGUGGUUCAGAUUUUGACUUCCACUACUGUUGCUGUUGGCGUUUACCAAUCAGAUGUAUUAAGAACAUUCAAAAAAUUCAAAAUAAAUUUUGAAUAUAUUUCUGGAAAUUAGCAAUGUUAAAUAAACAUUGUCAAGUUGUUACAAAGCUCAGAAUUUCAGCUCAUAGAUUACCUGUUGAAACUGGUCGAUAUAGCAACGUUCCGUACAAUAAAAACAUCGGAAACAAACAGCACUAUUUUAAUGUGGUGCAAUAAUACAAGGUUUACUGAUCUCAGAGCAAGCCAAGUAUUGCUUCGAUGUCCUAACAAAUUUAGAUCAAUUGUAAUUAGUGUAAUCCUAAUUCUCUAGUCUUCCUUGAAAUGUAAACAAUUUCAACAACUUGAAAUGUAACAAUUUCAUAACUAUAUUUGUAGCCACACAGUAUCCUUCUUGUUCAACCUAAUCGCCAUGAUUCUCGAACAUAUGCAGACUAUGAAGAGGUCGAGGAAUGUAUGGAAGGUAAGCUCUUUUGUGCUUUGAAAAUGGUUAAUAUUUAACUUAUUAGCCACAACAAUGCAUCUUUUACUUUCAAUUUGCUUUUGAAAUCUGACUUUCGAAUAUUUGUUUGUAAGUUCAGAAUGUUCAUUGUAAAGUUCCUAAAUUUGUUUCAAAGUUCGUUCUGAUGAUUUACAAUGAUCAAGCCUCAUAAGUUGUAAUUUGCUAGUUAAAAGCUAGCCAAUGAAAUUGCUUACUAUCGAAUCAUUGUUGUGAAUCAUCGGAACAAACUUCGAAACAAAUUUUGGAACUUUGCAACGAACAUUCCAAAGUUGUAAACAAGUUGUUUCGAAAUGAAGGAAUGUUAUCAAAAGUUAUUUUCUUUUUAGGAGUGUGCAAGAUAUUUGAAGAACAUUUAAAAAGAUCAAAUCCAAACAGUCCAUCCAUCACUUAUGACAUAAGUCAGCUGUUUGACUUCAUUGAUUCACUACAAGAUCUUGUUUGUCUAUGGUAAUGCUCUUGCUCUAUAACACUAGAGACCUUAAGAUCUCAGCAAGGUUACGAUGACGACUAGUAAAGCCUGGUUCACAUAUGUCUGCGGUAUGCCUGCAACUGUAUCAUUAUGCCUCUAAAGUUGAACUCAAGUCAACUUUCCCGGCCUACCGCCGAUGUAACUGUGGCACUGGAGGCAAUCAGCGAACAAAUAUUCACAUAAUUCACGUUUUAAGCUACCACCGGCAUCGUCGCCGGUACGUCGCAGGCGUAUUAACAGGGCUUUCCAACUCAGAAAAUUGCGCGCGCGGACAAUCGCGCGGGCAAAUCAAACUGCGCGCGCGAUUAUUAGACGUUUAUUUUAUACACACCCAUUGACCUAGACAAAACAAUAAUACAUCAAGAAGGACAUGUCAAAUGAAUGCGGUUUUACACAUAUAUUAGCAUGCAAAUAUUGAUUUAAUAAAGCGUCAUGUGUAUAACUCAAAGUUUGGGAACGUUACAACAUAAGAAGCACACAUGCUCGUGAUAAAAUUUAUACAUGAUUUCAAUGUUUCUGGAAGGAUACAUAUGAUCAAGCUUAGUUAUUGUACCUCUUGUUUGUACUUAAUUUAAACUUACUUAAUAGAAUUUCACUUAUGAAUAACUAUAAGUAAAGUUAUAAAAUCAGAAUCAAAUGAAAGCACGCGGCAAAAUUCAGGUUCACUUCAGAGUUUGCAAAAGAAUUAAACGGCUAUACAGUAGCAUUAGAGCUCUUCCAUUAAAAAAAAAACCCUGAGCAUGUUUUGCUAUGUAAAUUGGAAGGUGUGAACUGCUAAAUUUGUAUUCUUGAAGAAAGUAUAAUGUCAAUCGUCACUAAUAACAAUAAAAAAACAAAUGUCAGAUCUAUUUAUAACUUUUAUCAAAAAGUUUUACUCUUUCACUCGCAGGCCGCGUGCUUUCUAUUGUGAUGGCCUUUGCACAAAGCUUGUUCCUUCAAUAUAUGAUUUGACUGACUUCUUAAUCGGCCCUUUGCAGUUUGGAUGCUGAAAUAAAGCAUUUUCAUUGCGUUGACAAACUUUGCACUAAACAAAAUUAACACACGCGUUGCCCAUCGUUGAUCGUCUUCUAGCCAAUAACACCAUUUCCCCCCACUUCAUAAAAGUUGCCAGAUCGACCUUAAAAACUUUGGUGGCCAUCUUCAAUUAUAAACACCCUAACUUUGGAAGAAUACCGAUAAUAUUGCACUCUCUGUUAAAUAAUGUAAAGUUCUAAACUGUCAAAUGAAGUUUGGUUUUGUUACAUGAUAUCUUAAUUCACCGCGUGUCAAAAUUGUAACGCGCGAUUAUCCUUAAAAAUCAAAUUUGCGUGCGCGAUAAAUCGUGCGCCCAGAUUCACGUGGGCGCGUGCGCGAUCGCGCGCCCCCAGAGGAAAGCCCUGCGUAUAUGUGAACCAGGCUUAAUACAAUGAAAUUAAUAAUAUUUAAGAAAAGAAAUGAAUAAUUAAAAUCCCACAGGAGAUUUAGAUGUUGUCCACUAUCUGUUUACAACCGGUCAACCAGAGUUUUUACGUCCUGUGUACAGCGUUUGCAUUUUAGUAUGUAAGAAGUGGAUACUCAGAACAUUGCUUCAGUACUAAUGUGAAACUCUACUCAUAAAAAGCCCCUGUUUUGAACACUUCAAGCUGUGUUAAACUGAUACGAUUGAUGAUACACGAUAAGCUUUCUUUACAAUAAUUUAUUUGAAUGAGUAUGUUUUGACCAUCGUCGUCACUUGGCUGUCCUGCACCUUAAGAUCUCUAGUUUUAAAAUUGACCACCUGCACAUUCUGAAAUCCUCCAAUCAUUAUGUUUUCUUUUCAUACAGUCUUGAUACCAAGUCAGGAAAAUACGAGCCUCACAACAAGGAAUGGGUGAAAGAAAAAAUUUAUGUCAUGUUGCGAAAACAAGCUGGAAAGUAAAAGACAAGGAAGAAAGCCUUAAUCACUCAGACAUUUUAAAGAGUUGUAAAAUGCAUUGACACUCGGUAUGAGUGCAUAAGAUAAAGCACUUAUGUUGUAUUAUAUAUACGUGACAAAACUACAUCAUUUUAAGUUGGCAGUACGCUAAGUUAGCUUAGCUUUCUAGUGCGAUAAUUGGGGGGUGUAUAUUCAUAUAUUCGAGUUCUGCCUGACGGUCACGGAUGUCUUUUGAAAGUGAUUGUUUUUAUAGUAUGUGAACAUGAAUAUACACCCCCAAUGUUCUAUACAUCAUUGACUGGAAUAAUACAAAAUUCCCAAAUUUACUGGCUGGCAAUGAAAACCACUUUUUAUAGAUUAUAUAAUGGAUUACGUUUUUGCCUUGAUUUCGAGCUAUUGUUUUGUGUGCACUCAACUCAACUGAAUUUAGGAAGUGUCUAUCGUAUAUACAGUAUGUGAAGCCAAACAAGUGAGUAUCAAAUGCCAGUUGACCAGUUGACUUCAAUUGACCAAAGGUAUUAUUUCCAGAGACACUGAUAUAUAUAUAUAUAUAUUUAACUUACUGUUAUAAUAAAGAACUAAAAAUGUU